AUGCAAAGGCAUGCUGGAGAAAUUCCUGCAGCCUGCAGGGAAGAAGGUUGGUCUCAGGCGCCUCUGAAGUUUGGUUCUUUGAAAAUUGCAUGGUGGCGCUAAGAUUAAAUUAGAUCCAAAGUAGACGACCUGUUCGUUGGCCAGCUUAGUACUUCACUUCUGAAUCUUAGCAAGUUUGUGGCGUCCUAGGUUAGAUUUGGAAAUCCUCUGGAGGCUGAUUCGAGGUGUCUUUUUGGGUAGGGUGCCAGUAUUAGAAGACCUAGAUCUUACUUCUGGAACACAUGUAAUUGACAAAGUCCAGCAAGGCUUGAAGUUGGGCUUCACAAGUUCAUAUGUCAGAGCACAAGUGUGUUGAAUUUUGGCCUUCAUCUGUGGGUCUACAAGGUUGAGAUCUCUGGCAGAUAUCCUAGACCCCCCAAGUCAGGGAAAACUAUAGGACAUGCGACUUCUUUGACCUUUCAGAUCGUGUGACUUUCUAGGUAGCCACAAACUUACCGGGCGGGCUUAGCUUGUUUCCCACCUUCCGCAUACAAUCACCUUUGCACGGUCUCUUUGUAGCCACUUGAUGGUGGGAUCUGCUUCAGUGCAAGCUGUUACUUCAGAGCGCUGAAGUAGCAGGCUUUUCAAGGCAGGCAUUCAACAAGACGGAGGCACUGAACUUCGAUACUUAGCUUCUCGAAGAGGUGUAGACAGGCUGAGCGGAGGGGAGUGUUUCACAAGAGCAAGCCCUAUAUCAAGCGGACACCAGAGAUCAGGCCCCCAGCAUUGCCCAUGUUUGGGGCACAGCCUCCUCUGCAAGGGUGGUUUGCAAGUUAGGGUUUGGUGGCUCGACAAUGAAGCUGAAGCUGUCGCCCAGCAUGCGGCGUAUCACGAUCACUGCACAGGAGGACUUCCAUCCGAUGGGCCUGAAAAGCGCCCCCGCCUGCUGUUCCUACAGCUGCGUGAUGGUCAGCCUUUUAGGGUUAGCGCUCAUCCUGCCUAUGCUCUUCAUCACCACGGCAAUUGUCAAGCUAGACAGCAUCGACAACUGUAUAGACGGAGAAUGUUACACGCGCGGAAGGAAGAUGUCCCCAACGGACCGAGCGGACGAGCUCGUUACCGGACUCCUAGAUGUUCCCGUUAGUGUCGGACGGCAACUCAACGAAGAGCGGACGGGCGUGGGGGGAGAUGCGGUUGUCGGGGAAAGAGAAGAGACGAUCGACGACCUGAUUGCGCAAGUUUCGGAGCUGAACGAUGACAGCGCGAGCGUGAUCCUGAAACUCCGAGCUUUGGUUGAGGUGCACGAAGGAAAAGCGCGCAUGGCCAAGCUGCAGCGUGCGCUGUACCGACACUUCGCCUCGAAAGGCGUCCCCAAGGGCCUGCACUGCCUCUCGCUGCGGUUAACGGCUGACUACAGCACCAACCCCGAAGCUAACCGCCCGCUUGCGGGGCCCGAGGAGAUAUCCCGGCUGACCGACAACUCGCUGCGCCACUUCGUGCUGCUGUCAGACAAUGUGCUGGCAACUAGUGUGGUGGUUAAUUCGACGGUGACAAAUGCCAAGGAGCCCGAGAAAGUCGUCUUCCACGUAGUAACGGACGAGACGACGUAUAGCGCGAUGCAUGCUUGGUUUGCCUUGUUCCCUCCGGAGCCGGCGACGAUCGAGGUGCGCGGCGUGCACGAGAUGCAGUGGCUGACUGCGGCGAAGGCGCCCGUGCUGGACCUGAUGGAAAACUCACUCGCGCUGCAAAAGCUCAACUACGGGGACCGGAUCUUAGAGGAGGCCGCGAACGAUCCACCGCAGGUGCUGGCCGCAAAGCUGCAGGCGCGCAGCCCCAAGUACAUCUCCAUCAUGAACCACUUGCGGAUGUACCUGCCCGAGGUGUUCCCCGAGCUGGACCGCAUCAUCUUCCUGGAUGAUGACGUCGUCGUGCAAAAGGACCUCACCGGCCUUUGGGAGAUGGACAUGCGCGGGAAGGUAAAUGCGGGCGUCGAAACCUGCCGGGGGGCCGACCGCUUCGCUCUCAGCAAGCAGUUCCGGUCGUACUUCAACUUCUCGAACCCCCUCAUUGCGGAGCACUUUGCGCCCGAGACGUGCGCCUGGGCGUUCGGCCUGAACGUGUUUGACCUCAAGCGCUGGCGGGAGUCCAACAUCACCGAGACGUAUCACCACUGGCAAAAACAGAACAUGAUGUUGAACAUGACGCUCUGGCGGCUCGGAACGCUUCCGCCCGCCCUGAUAGCGUUCUACGGUCACACCCUCCCGCUAGAUCAUAGUUGGCACAUGUUAGGUCUUGGGUAUCAGCCCGAUAGCAGUAUAGAGGUCAUUAAGUCGUCAGCGGUAAUCCACUACAACGGUCCUGCAAAGCCAUGGUUAGACAUGGCUUUCACGGAUUUUCGGUCGUAUUGGACUAGAUGGGUGGAUUACGGUAAUGAGUUCGUCCACCAAUGUAAUAUUUUCCAAAUGAGAUGAACAAAAUUAAGUAGUUCUGCACGCAACUUGCUUUUCCGCUGUCUCUUGAG